GCGCAGACCAACUCCCGACUGUGGCUGGACAAGAAGGCGGACAACCUUUACAAGGGCAAAACGACAACCACCACUCUCCAAAUCUUGCAUCAGCCUCGCCACCCCGCGAGCCGACCCAUACAGCGCGGCUCCUCACCUCUUCGCCCCCAAGGGCUGAGCUGCGUCGCUGACGACCCAGACCCGCUCCCUCAGCUACCAUGGCAGCCCCUAACCAGGACAGCAAUGACAGCAAGGAGACCGAGUCGGCUCCCGCUCGCCGAGCCAGAGCGUAUGUAUUUCUCCGUUACCGCACCCCAACGCGCCUUCGAUUGCCGCCGUUGCUACUCCUGUUGCUGCCAGCCGAGUCCUAACAAUGCCUGGCAGUCCUACCAUCAAUAUCGAUACCACGGCAGUGAGUCCAGCUUCAGCACCUCAACCGGAUGUACCUGAAGUAGGCUCGCAAACCGCACCCAACCCUCCCGUCACCCACAGCAGCCCGACGGACACGACGUCAGGUUCGCAGGAGCGCAGCCUCUCUCAGACUAGGCCAGAGGUGCAAGCCGCAAUGGCCUCGGACGCCAAGGACAGCCGCCCUACCAGCCCCCACAAUGUCCUCAAUCCCUUAUCGUUUCGCGGUCCCGGCCCGAGCCAGGGUUUCCUCGCCGUUCCCAACACCCAGCGCUCGCGCCAGAAUUCGGUAAAUUCGGGAGACGAUGCGCGCUCCGUCACCUCCUCCCAAGGGGACACGGUUAUCGGCGCCUCCUCUUCUGGCGAAAAGAACAGCCCCCCGUUCGGUGACAGAUCGGGCAAUAACCGAAUCAUCAACGAUGAAAAUGCCCUCAAGCCGGACCAGGGCAAGGAGGCCGAGUUCGAGGUGGAGAACAACCCCUUCGCCUUCAGCCCGGGCAUGCUGGGCAAAAUGUUCGACCCCAAGAGCCUGUCGGCGUUUUGGAAACUAGGGGGCCUGACCGGUAUCGAGAAGGGGCUGCAGAGCGACCGCACCACCGGUCUGAGCGUGGAUGAGACCAAUCUUACCAAAUCCGUUUCCUUCGAGGACGCCACCUCCCGCUCUUUGAAUAAGGCGCUGACGGAGGGUGUUGCUCCCUCUUCACCCAAAGACCAUGCGGCCCCCUCCCCAGCCAACGAUCCGUCUGAACCUUUCUCUUCGAGAAAGCGCGUAUUCCACGACAACAGGCUGCCCGAGAAGAAGGGCAAGAGCCUUCUUCAGCUCAUGUGGAUCACGUAUAACGACAAGGUGUUGAUCCUGCUCUCGGCCGCUGCCAUUGUCUCUCUCGCCGUUGGCCUGUACCAAACCUUUGGUGCGGAACAGGACCCCACGGAACCCGGCGUCGAAUGGAUCGAGGGUGUUGCAAUCAUCGUCGCAAUCGCAAUCGUGGUUCUUGUCGGCUCCAUCAACGAUUUCCAAAAGGAGCGUCAAUUCGCCAAGCUCAACAAGAAAAAGCAGGAUCGCUUGGUCAAAGGCAUUCGGUCUGGGAAGACCAUCGAGUUUUCGGUUUUCGACAUCAUGGCUGGCGAUAUUUUGCUUCUGGAGCCUGGCGACAUGAUACCCGUCGACGGAGUUCUUAUCGAGGGCUUUGGCGUCAAAUGUGACGAGUCUCAGGCCACUGGCGAAUCUGACAUUAUUCGCAAGAAGUCUGCCGACGAAGUCUUCGCGGCUAUCGAAAACCAUGAGAGUCUGAAGAAGAUGGACCCUUUCAUGCAGUCCGGAUCCCGCGUCAUGGAGGGCGCCGGCAAGUUCAUGGUCACCUCCACCGGCAUCCACUCGAGUUACGGCAAGACGAUGAUGUCUCUCAACGAGGAUCCCGAAGUCACGCCCCUGCAGUCGAAGCUUAAUGUCAUCGCCGAAUACAUCGCCAAGCUCGGUGGCGCCGUCGCCCUGCUUCUCUUCCUCGUCCUCUUCAUCAUCUUCUUGGUUCGGCUCCCCAGGCAGUAUGCGAGCUUGACGCCGGCAGAGAAAGGGCAACACUUCAUUGAGAUCUUCAUUGUCGUUGUCACUAUUGUGGUCGUCGCUAUCCCCGAAGGUCUCCCUCUUGCCGUCACCUUGGCGCUCGCUUUUGCCACCACCCGCAUGCUCAAGGACAACAACCUCGUCCGCCAUCUCAAGGCGUGCGAAGUCAUGGGUAACGCGACGACGAUUUGCUCGGACAAGACCGGUACUCUUACCCAAAACAAGAUGCAGGUUGUGGCCGGUACGAUCGGCACGGCCCACCGAUUCGGUACCACGACGACACCGGAGGAACAUGACCCCAUGGAUAAGGACGUGGAAAUUCCGGAACUCAUCGCGACACUCAGCCCUGAGGCAAAGGAUCUGCUGUCGAAAUCCAUCUCGCUCAACUCGACGGCGUUUGAGGGCGACGUGGAUGGUGAACAGACGUUUAUCGGCUCCAAGACCGAGACCGCACUUCUCAUCCUCGCGCGGGAGCACCUUGCGAUGGGCCCUGUCAGCGAGGCGAGAGCCAACGCGAAGACUCUGCACCUGAUCCCCUUCGACUCCGGCCGCAAAUGCAUGGGCGUGGUGAUUCAACUGGACAACGGCAAGGCGCGGCUCUACGUCAAGGGAGCCUCCGAGAUCAUGCUGGAGAAGUGCACCCAAGUUCUACGGGACCCAUCCAGUGGACUGGCUUCCUCGACCCUGACCGAGGAGAACCGCGAAACCCUCAAGAAGUUGAUCGAGACAUAUGCUCGGAACUCGCUGCGGACUAUCGGCCUCAUCUACCGCGAUUUUGACCGGUGGCCGCCUAAGCCCACCCGCCGUAUGGGUGCUGAGAAGGACGAGAUCGUUUUCGAAGACAUCUGCCGGAACAUGACCUUCAUCUCCGUCGUUGGUAUCAAGGACCCCCUGCGCCCUGGUGUCCGCGAGGCCGUUCGUGAUUGCCAAAAGGCUGGUGUUGUGGUUCGCAUGGUUACUGGAGACAACAGAAUAACCGCCGAGGCCAUUGCUGCCGAUUGCGGUAUCCUGCAGCCCAACAGCGUCGUUCUCGAAGGUCCCGAGUUCCGGAACAUGACCAAGGCGCAGCAAGACGAAAUCAUUCCCCGGCUCCACGUUCUGGCACGGUCUAGCCCCGAGGACAAGCGGAUUCUGGUGAAGCGCCUGAAGGACAAGAACGAAACGGUUGCCGUUACGGGAGAUGGUACCAACGACGCACCCGCCUUGAAGAUGGCCGACAUCGGUUUCUCGAUGGGCAUCGCCGGAACCGAGGUUGCCAAGGAGGCGUCCGCCAUCAUCCUCAUGGACGACAACUUCAACUCGAUCGUUAAGGCGCUGAAGUGGGGUCGCGCUGUCAACGAUGCCGUCAAACGCUUCCUCCAGUUCCAGCUCACGGUCAACAUCACUGCCGUCGUUUUGACCUUCGUGUCAGCCGUUCAGAGUGCUGACCAGACGUCUGUCCUCACCGCCGUCCAGCUCCUGUGGGUCAAUCUCAUCAUGGAUACUCUCGCUGCCCUGGCUCUCGCGACCGACCCCCCUCAGGACAGCGUCUUGAACCGCAAACCCGAGCGGAAGGGCUCCUCGAUCAUAUCGACCACCAUGUGGAAGAUGAUUCUUGGCCAGGCUGUGUGGCAGCUGCUGAUCACGUUCCUGAUUUACUUCGGAGGUGUCGACGUUCUUCCUGGCCCGGAUGACAUGACGGAGUCGCAGAUCCAUACGUUGGUUUUCAACACGUUCGUGUGGAUGCAAAUCUUCAACCAGUGGAACAACCGGCGUCUGGAUAACAACUUCAACAUUUUCGAGGGCAUGCACAAGAACCCCUACUUUAUCGUCAUCAGCGCCAUCAUGUGCGGUGGUCAAGUCUUGAUCGUUAUGGUUGGUGGAGAUGCAUUCCGCAUCGCACCCGAGGGUCAGACGGCAGUCAUGUGGGGCAUCGCCAUCGUUCUAGGUGCCCUCUCUAUCCCGGUUGGUGUCAUCAUUCGCCUCGUCCCCGACGAGCUCCUCGAUAGUUUGAUCCCCGAGUCAUGGAAGCGCAAGUCGGACCCCAAGGUUCCGGGUCUCACCGUGUCGGACGAUGAUGAGCGCUUCAACGCCUAUCCCGAAGCGCUCGCCGACAUCAGGGAAGAGCUGGCUUGGCUCAAGCGUAUCAAGGGCGGCCGCCUCAACAACCUCAAGUUCGCCAUGCAGCACCCGCGCGAGACUUUCAUGCCCCGCCGGAGCCCCGCCCAAAGCCGAGACCACUCUCGGUCGAACUCGAUCCACCGCCUCCCGCAAACACCCACACGCGAGGACAGCUUCGGCUCCGUUGUCGCCCCGACUCCUGACUCGCGCCGGCGUAGCCGGAGCAUGCGCUCGCGGUCCAACAGCGCUCUGGGCGCUGCCACCGUCAUGACGGGCAUCGUGGCGGGCAGUAUCGCUGCCGGCUGGUCGCCGAUCGAUCGCCGCGGUGAGCCCGAUUUUGGCCAGUUCCCGCGGCCGGGCCCCGCGGGCCAAGAGUCCCAGCCACCGGCGGGCCAGUCCGUCUUGGGCGAGCAGAUCCUCUCGGACGAGCCACAGGAGAUGGGCGAGGAGCCGUCAGGGAACCAGCAGACCGGGACCGAGGACGUUCCUAUCCUAAGCAUGCCCAAGCCACGGUCUCCUGCGACGCCUAAGCCGGAGGAGGAUUGAAUGGCUCCCGGACGUUCACGAUAACAAGCUGGCCAUGAUACCCGCGGCUCCCUACACCGGGCCGGUCGCAGAUACCUGAUCGGCACCCCGGGCGCAAUCCGGGUACGCCGAU